AUGCUUGCUGCUCCCGCCGUGGAUCUGAGUUUGGAUGAUGAUGAUGGCUGGGUGGCGUACACACCAGGCAAGCCCAAACUUCACAAGACUCCAAGCGUGAACAGUUGGGGAGUUACUGUAAUGGGCGGCGGAUACGACUGGAACAACGACAAGGAGCACGAUGCGUCGCCACAAAAGGAAAAUCAGGCCCCGACGCGCUCGACCGAAGAUCUGCAACACGGCAAAGCCCACCUUCCCCGCGCUCCAUCGCCAUCUCCCUCCCUUUCACGGACUCUGGCAGCACCGAAAACUAUGGUUACACCGGCGAGCCCGUCUCCAUAUUCUUCGCCUGUCCCGAUCUUGACAGGAGCCCGUUUCACCAUGGAGCCCUUAUCGUCGUCUCCUACGAGCCGCUCACCUGCUAGUUCGCGACCUAUAUCUCCUGCCCAAAGCGUACCGCCGUCCCCGGGGGCCGUGCAUCGCGCUUCAUUAUCGCGAUCGCCUACAACAUCGCGACCCGGUACACCACGCCCAAGGCGCAGGUCAUCUCAACAACGGGUUUCACUCAUCGCGGGUCGCGUGUCGAUAUUGCCACCCGAGGCGGCGUCGACCCUCAUCUCGCCUCAAAAGCUCACCAGAUCGGGCAGCGCGCGUAGCUAUCUGAGCGUCGCGUCGAGCGCGGGGCCGCCUACGCCAGAACCCGAGCGAGAGCAAUUCCUUGGUGGUCGGAGCAUCUUGGAGUUCGUAAUAGAGAAAGAGAUAGGACGCGGUGCUUACGGCGUCGUUAAGCGUGCAAGAGAGAUGAAUGACGACGGCUCAUUAGGGGCAAGCGCGUUCAGCCUAUUCGCAACAGAUCACGAACUUACUGUUCUCCCUCAGCCGCCCCUGGUAAUCAAGCAGAUCAUCAAGUCUAGAAUAUUAGCGGAUUGCUGGAAGAGGCAUCCCAAGCACGGAACGAUUCCCAUAGAGAUCUACGUCUUGAACGCGAUCUCAUCCACGACCUACGUCUUACCCCCGCGUCGACCAUGGCAUCCAUUACGUCCCACCGCGACGUCCACGCUUCCUAACGCGAUGCCGCGCUCAGAAGGAGAUCCCCCCAUUGAAGAUGAUUGGAUUGAAGGCAAAGUCGUAAAUGGUCAUCCGAACAUCUGCCUUAUGUUGGACUUCUUUGAGGACGAGCAAUAUUACUAUAUGGUGAUGCCAUCAACGACCAUGGAACCCACCGACGAGAAUACAUCUCCUCCUUCGGAUCUCUUCGAUCUGGUAGAAAGUUAUCCUCAGGGUCUUCCGCCAGACAUGGUACGAACCUACCUCGGCCAAAUAGCGGACGCCAUGGCGUUCCUGCAUGCAAAGGGCAUUGUACACCGUGAUAUCAAGGACGAGAAUGUUGUUCUCGGUCCGCACGGCAAAUGCAUUCUGAUCGACUUCGGGAGUUCAGGUCUUGUUCGCAGGAACGGUUGGGACACGUUCAGUGGCACGCUCGAUUAUGCUGGGCCAGAAAUUCUACGAGGCGAGCGUUACCAUGGCAAGGAACAAGACGUCUGGGCAUUCGGCGUAGUUGCGUACGUGUUGCUGUGCGGCGAAUGCCCCUUUACCACUGCCUCAGAGGCACAGGACGGUCUCACGUCUCCUUUCGCGAACGCAUCGAUUGCCCUGGACGAGAGAUGCGGCGAAGAUCACGAAACGGAGGGCUUGGAAGCAGACGGGGGUGGUGCUCUGGGCGAUGCCGCGGCAUUGGUCAGAGCGUGCUUACAGGUUGAACUCAGCGCUCGACCUACCUUCGAACGGAUACUGCAAUCGCGUUUCCUCAUGGGAACUGGCGGGUGGGGCGCAGGGGAAGCAUGA